AUGAACACAAGUACAAAUUCAAUUGUGAGCACCAACCAAAAGAUAAGAGUGAGGUGGCAAAAAGUUAAGGAAGCUUAUGAAGCAGCGAGGAUGGAACGAUCUUAUCUAAUCCCACGAAGAACCCCUGAUAUGCUUAAAUGUCAUUGGGGUAGAGUUGCUCCAACAUGUUUGAAGUGGUCUGGAAGUUAUGACGAGGCUCUUAAGAGGAAGAAGAGUGGCACGAGAGACGAAGAUGUGCUUAAAGUAGUCCAUUUAAUCCAUCAAAGAAAACACGAAAAAGAUUCUGAAACACCAUCAAGUGAAUCUCAAGGAGGAUCAUCUACUCGCCCUGAGGGUGUGAAGAAGGCUAAGGCUCGCAUGACUGGGAAAAUGGUUAUAGAUCAAUCAAUUCAAACUUUGAGUGCAUUUGGAGAGAAUCCUCGACUUAAUUCAGAAAUAAUGAAGGAGAAGACAGAAGUUCAAAAACAAAAAGAAGCCUGA